UGGUGACAGAUACACACAUCUUGUGUGCACACCACGCCUUGUAAACAUUCUAUUGCACAGUAAAAUAAGUAGUGUACAGAAGAAUUACUCCUAUGGUUUUCCUUUUAACUGCCUAUUACUUGGUGAUGAUAAGAUUGAAUAACAGUGUAAAUCAUUACCUUGUACAGUCAAAUUUUCUUUGGAAAUGUCCAUUAAGACCAUAUUUUAAGCUUUGCUGACAUGGAGGCAGUGCUCUGAGUAGAGCUGUGUGUGUAAUUGAAAGGAACUACGAAACCACCCCAGCGCCAUGUUCAUGUACGAGUUUAUGGCCGGGCUGGUCGACACCAUCGCACUUCGCCCAGAUGAAGAAGAAAACACCUACGACCCACAUACGCAUCGUAAGGUCCAGCAUCCUACGACAUAUUCAGAUACGAUGAUCCACUUGCUGAAGGGCAGCAUCGGCGCCGGCAUCCUGGCCAUGCCCGAGGCCGUGUGCCGCGUCGGCGUGCCGGCCAGCAUCGGCGGCAUCUUGCUCGUCGGCGCCUUCGCCACGUACUGCAUACAACUGCUAAUAGCGGCACAGUACAGGCUGUGUAAGCGCGAGCGGCGCGGCUACAUAACCUAUCCGCGCUCGAUGUGCAUCGCCCUCCAAAUCGGGCCCCCCGCUCUCCGAAAGUUUGCCAUCAUAUUCUAUUACUUCGUGGAUGCCGUGCUCAUCAUGUGGCAACUUGGCAUCUGCACCAUUUACGCCGUGUUUGUAGCCUCAAACUUAAAGCAGGUGUGCGACUUCUAUGGGUUCUCUCUGUCGCUGAGGUUGCACAUGAUCCUCAUGCUGCCGCCGCUCAUCAUCGUCAACCUCGUGAAGAACCUGAAGCUCAUGACGCCCAUCUCCACCAUCUCGAAUGUUAUGACUAUCUUCGGACUCAUCUUGGUUUUCUUCUACUUGAUUGAGGAUGACCUCCAGCUUAAGGAAGAAAUGAUGUUAGUCAAGACGCUGUUGGAUGUCCCUGCCUUCAUAGGGACUACACUGUUUGCUCUUGAGGCUGUCGGCGUGGUAUUGGCGCUAGAAUACAACAUGGAGAAGCCGAAGCAGUUCGUGGGUCUGUUCGGGCUCUUCAACAUCGGGAUGGUGAUCAUCAUGAUGCUCUACCUCCUCGUUGGCAUCUUCGGCUACCUUAAGUACGGCGACGAGAUCGAGCCUUCCAUCACACUCAAUUUACCACAAAUGGAAAAAAAAGCGCAAGCGGCUAAGAUUAUGAUCGCGUUUGCGAUUUUCUUGUCAUUUCCACUGCAGAACUUCGUGGCGUACACGAUCCUGUAUCGGAAAAUGAAGAAGCGGUACCCAAACUCGACUCCUUCCGCGCUGAAGGCAAUGGACUAUACGCUCCGUGUGGUUCUGGUGCUGGCGCCGUGGCUGCUGGGCGUUCUGGUGCCCAGCCUGGGGCCAUUCAUCUCGCUAUUCGGGGCUUUCUGUCUCUCGCUCUUAGCCAUGGUAUUUCCAGCGCUGAUGGACUUGUGCGUGUGGCACGAGGUGUCGUACGGCCCCAUGAAGUGCCGGCUGCUGCGCGACGUGAUGAUCGUGGUGCUGGGGCUGUGCGCCUGCUGCUCCGGCGUCUACACCAGCGUCCUCGAGAUCAUCCACGCCUACGAAUAGAUCGACAUCAUUCUAUUUUGCAUUUUCUGUGGUGCAAGCCAUUACUCAUUUGUUGAAAUUUCUUGCAUCCUCACAACCCACAAGACAAACUUGAGUUCUAAAACAAACACCGAUAUUGUCAUUGCCCUGAAAUGGUUUGGCUAUUUAUAUUGCACACAAUACGGGAUUCUUACAAUGCAUUAGUGUCGUCUCAGUAAGUAGUUUGUCUCCUACCUGAAGCAAAUUCGUCCUGUUGGUCUCUUUGUUGAUUUUUAACUUAAGUUAUGUUUUAUCCAAUAUAUAUAAUAUAAUAAUUUGGAUUUUGA